GUUUUUUAGAAUGGAUACAUGUGUUCAUACAAAUGCUGUCUUUGUGAAUUCGUGUCAAAAGACGAAACGUUCAUAAGGAAACUUAUUUUGGACAUUUGCGAAGGAUAUAUGCUAUCUUGAAAUGUACCUAGUUUGUCAUAAAUUGCGCCAGUGAUUAAUAAAUAAAAACAUGUUUAAAUGUAUCUUAAUAACGUUCUUAGUAAAUCAAAUCACGUUGAUAAAGACUGAAUGGUUGCCAAAUAGAAAUCCAGCGGAGUUAUCCGAUGGCGCUGCAUAUAUUGGGUCGCGACGGUCAAGUGGAUUGAAAUGGACGGUGGUUGAAAAGUCCCUGCAGGUUCUUGGACCUACUUCACCAGUCGUCUGCAAUACAUGCAACUGUACGAAGGAUCAUAAAGAAUAUUUGUAUGUGGAUUGCUCGUACUUAAGUCUAGAAAACGCGUUCCAAACUGUUAGUCAAAAUACCUUUUGGCUAGAUUAUUCAUACAAUUAUAUUUCUGAAGUGAAAUAUGGCAAUUUCCGAGGCUUAAACAUUUUGCAAUACCUGAACUUGCAAUACAAUAGUAUAGAAUGCCUUGAUUCGGACACAUUUAAAGACCUAACUGAUCUGAUGGAAUUACAUUUAGAUCAUAACCAUAUGUUUGUUUUGCAAAUUCAUAUUCCAAUAGGGACGUUCGACUCUCUGAAAAAUCUUCGCGUACUUACUGUGCAUGCCAAUGUUCAAAAGAAUAGUGGUUCAAAACUCAUCGGCAGGACGUUCCGAAAUUUAAUUAAUUUAAAUUUACUUGCCAUCGAUGGAUUUAGAAAGAUAAAGUUUGACGAAGACUUCUUAAAUACCAACGUGUCUACAUUAGUUCUGGCAGGUUCACCUCCUUGGGGAUGUGACAUAGACGUUAUAGAAGAUGAUACGUUCAGUGGGCUGCCCAAACUGCAAACUCUCUCGUUGAGAAAAUGUAAUUUGUCAUCACUAUCACCAGUUGCUCUUUCACAACUUAAAUCCUUAGAGAACCUUGAUAUUUCGAGCAAUAUCAGGAUGGGAAUGACCCAAUUGUUAGGUCCCAUAGCGAAGGCCUUAAUCAACAGUACGGUUAAAAUACUGAACAUUAAUGAGAUAACUGAUCCUUUUGAAUCGGUUAACAAGUUAGAUAACAAUAACUUGCUGUACAUUAAUCAAGUAAAUUUAAUGGAAUUGUAUAUGGAUUCCAAUUGUAUCGAUUUGAUAGAUUAUCACAAUCCUUUAUUUUCAAAAUCUUAUACACUGAAAGUUUUGAGUUUACGACAAAAUAUGUUAUUUAAUGCGUUUUUUCUCGAUAAACUCAUAUUAACUAAUCCGAGCAUUGAAGAGCUAGAUUGCGGAAAUCAGUUUCAGGUCUGGAAUGAAGAUAGAUUUGCGGCAGAACGCGCGCGUCGUGGAACAAAUGCAGCUUUUAAUCUUUCGGUAAUAAGUAUGAAGACAUUUAUAUUUACCGGAUUGAAGUCCUCUUUAAGCAUUUCUGUGUUCGGAGACACGCAAAAUGCUUUGGAAUAUAUUGACAUUUCGUCCAAUCAAAUACAAAUAUUAGACGACGACGAUCUACAUUCAUUGUUCAAUUUAACGUUUCUGAAUGUAUCUGACAAUCUUAUAGAAAACGUGUCGCAGACAGCAUUUAGAGACACAAUAUCUUUAAAAUACCUCGAUAUGAAAUACAAUCGUUUAGGCUACGCAUUAGGAACUGAAGAAGCUAUGGAUAUAUUUUUACCUUUGAAACAUCUAGAAACACUUAAUAUAUCAAAGAAUAUGAUAUACAAUUUAAAGGAGUCACUAUUAACUCAAUGUGCCAGCAUGAGGGUAAUUGAUAUCUCGGAAAAUUACCUAGACAACUUCGAUCUUAAUUUGCAUAAUUUUAGAAAUUUGUCCUUUCUGAAUCUUAAAAACAAUCGAAUACAAACACUAUCAUACACAGUUCGCUCAUACCUGUCUAACAUUGGGAGUAACCAUGAAUUGGUUGUUGACUUAGAAAACAAUAAAUUAACGUGCAACUGCGAUAAUAUUGAAUUUCUAAAAUGGUUGCUAACUACAAAUGUUUCUUUCACAGGAAAACAAUUUUAUAAGUGUUACUUAAGCAAUUCUAGCCACGCUUUGAUAAAUUCCGCUACAGUGCAAGCUCUCGAGGCUGAAUGUUACAAGUACUUAGCUUUGAUUUUAUCACUUACGUCAUUAAUUACCCUGUUUUUUGUUGUAAAUUUCUCGGUAAUUACCUUUAGAUAUCGCUGGCAUAUUGUGUAUUGGUACUACAACGUCGUAAGAAGUCGAGAUCGUGUUUCCAAUGUUAGGCAACAACUGUUCCAGUACGAUGCAUAUUUCGCCUAUGCUGACAAUGACAGCAGCCCAAUUAUCGUGGCGUUGCAUAAUAAGCUUGAAAUUGAAUACAACAUGCGGCUAAAUAUUCGAGACCGCGACUUCCCGCUUGGGGAUGUCAAUGCAUUGAACAUCGUGGAUGCAAUAGGCGCGAGCAGAAAGACAGUUUUACUUGUCAGCAAGCAUUUUAUCAAGAACAAAUGGUGUAAAUUCGAAAUGAAUAUUGCAAUAAUGGAAGGGAUAAAAACGAAUCGCCAAGUGUGCAUUAUUGUGUACCUGGAAGAUAUUCCCUUGCGGUUUCUUCCAAAGGAAAUUAGUAAACUGCUUCAAGAUGCAAUAGUCUUAGAUUUUCCGAAGGAAAAUCCUUGUUCACAGAACGUUUUCUGGGCAUGCUUGGCCAACUCCAUAAGCGAGUGAAUUCGAUGGUCGUUCAGAUUAUUUCCAUAAUACAGUCCGUUGUUUAAAAAGACUCGCGAGCACAUAUGUAUGCAUUCAAAAGGAAGGAAAACAUUUAAAACAAACAGGCGCGAGUGCUUUUCAAUUUUAUCAUGUGUUAGUGUCUAUCACGUCUUAGCAGAUAGAAGAGCGUAGCUAACUUAAACGAGCGAUACUACUAUUGAAACAUUUUAAUGACAUUGAUUGGUAACGUGAAAUUGGAUUUUUUUAUUAGCACAAACAAAUUGUACUCUAAGUUUUAAGAGUCGAAUAUGUUUAUAUUGACGAAAGCUGCAUUGAUAAAUAGAUGGAUGUCAACAUUAUAAAAGUUUUACAUGAGCGAAAGAACACUAACAAUAAACAAACAAUAUAUUACAUUUUAAUAGCGUGUUUGCUAGCGCUAGCCAUAUUUUUUUGAAAAAAAGUAGUUUUAUUGCAUGUAACAAUUCAGGUGCUGUUUGUAAUAAUAAUUUAUACAUGGUUCUUUACAUAAUAUUGGCCUUUUUGAAAUUAAAUAAUAUUUUGUAGAGAUUGGUUAAGUUUAUUUCGUGUUAUAUAAAUAUAAUCUCUUAUCGACAUAUACAUACAUCAAAUUACCUUUCACAAAUAAAUGUGUUCAGAGCCACUCAAGAAGACAAAGUGAAUAAAGUCCAAUAAAACAAAUUUAUGCUGUAUUUGAACCACUCGUUAUACCUAUUUUUUAAACAAGUUGCGUAAUUUUUCACAGCCUUUCUACUUUUCAUGCAAAUUUAUAUAUCUAUCUUUUAAUAUCAUUGUUUUAUUUUGUGCAUGUAUAAUUGUUGACUCUUCUUAGAUGUUGUUAGUCAUAUGUGUGUGCUAAUUUAUUGAAAUGAGUAUGUGUAUGCUCUCUCUAUUCUGUUCUGCUUGCGUUAGCUUUAUUAUUUGUAUGCUUUAUGGCCCGUAUUUAUAUAAAAUAUGUAAUUAAUAAUAUGUCACUGUUUGUACGAUAUCAAAAUGAAUGAACGCUAUCGUCUUUAUUUGUAACGAUUCACAUUGGGAAUAAUUGAUAAAAUAAAAUUGUAAUCACUAACGCUCCAUUGCUUUAACAUUUCUUUAAAAACACAAAAUUAUCAAUUUUCGUAUCAUGUGCUGUUGUAUCGACCAAUACACAAUGAUUUGUAGCAAAAAGGAUCUGUAUCAAGAGGUUUUUGUAAUCACGUUUCAGAACGGCGAAGAGUUGUGUAUUGACCAACAAACACCGCAAAUGCGAAGAAUAAUUUAAUUUUACAGGAUCUUAUGAGUACAACAUAUUUAGUACUUGAAAUGAGAAGUUUUUGUACAACUGUAUGUUCUGGCAUGGGCUUCCUUUUGUAUUGUUUUGGUGUAUGUUCUAAGUUCAGUUAGUAUGAUUUUAAAUGUAAUUCACAAAUAGUUAAUAAUUGUACAUUUUCUGUUAAAUGAGUUUAAUAAUUUACUUGAAUGAUUACUUCUACUAACGAGUGCACAAGUGUUGUUUUGAGACCUUUUGAGCGAUUGAUGUGUUGCAAUGAAAUAUAAACCAACUGCGGCCCACUCAAGUCCAAAGAUACUGUGUAUUAUACCACCUGAUGUUGUAAAAACACAGAUUUGUAUAUCAAACAAAUUGAAUGCUAUUCGAUAUACAUUAAUGUUUCACGUGAAUAAAUUUUCUGACUUUCAGAACCUCUCCUUAUACCCUCCCGUUUUCCAAUUAUCAUCUCGUUCAAUGGUGGUAGCUGUUAUCCUAACAAUUACUUUUACAGGAAGGUCGUCUGCACUUAACCCAAACUGCGACUUUGUACAUGUACUUAUAACUUUUUAGAGGUAUCUUUUAAUAAAAAUAGAAUAUUCGAAUAUGAACUCUGGAUUCGAAUAUUCGGCCUAUUUUCGAAAUUUUCGAAUAUUCGGAUAUUCGGUCCCAUCUCAUGGCAUGAUGAUUUUCACAAACUUCAUUGGACGAAUCUAUACAUCGCAUUUAUUCAAUUUGUUCUCGGAUAUUUAAUAUCAAAAAGUUUUCUUUAAAUUACUUAAGACGCUUCCAGGCAAUCUGUAAUGAUUCAAUGGAUGUGAGGUAUUUGCUUGAAAAUAAUUUAGCGUGCAGUUAAUCAGUUUAUCCCAUUAAUCCGAAUAUGCUGGGUUUUGAAAUGCUUAGUGUUUUCAUAGAGAAUGAAAUUUUAUUGUCAAUAAUUGAUCUCGAUACAUAAAACAUUUAUGUCGUAUUCGUCAAAAAUCUAGGGCAUCAGGUAAAAUACAUUUUACCAGUAAUUUUCUACAAUUAAAUGGGUCAAAAACUGCUGAUUUGGUGCAUGUUUUACAAUUUAAUAUUUAGUAUUUAAUCCAAUCGUUUAUUAGUCUUCGCCUCUAUACGUAAAUAGUUAUAACAUAUUUAUUAACAGCUGUGCUUGUUGCUACACGCAGCUGUUCAUGCAUGGAACACAACAUUUCCAUCGACAGCAAAUUCGAUAGUACGAAUUUACUCUAUACAUAUGUUUACGUAUGCCGUAUCAUUAACAGUAUAUAGAUGACCGCCCUUGAUUUUUCACAUGAUGCUUUAUGUCUAUCCGCCAUACGAUGCAAUGUAA